AUGAAUGAUUCCUUGAGUAUCGAUGAACAAUCACAACUCGAAACUCUUUUGGCUGCUCGUGCAACUCUGAAGAUCAUUUUUCUUCCUUUAUAUUCUUUGUGUUUUAUUAUUGGAACAAUUGGAAACAGUAUUGUCAUUGUAAUGACAUGCAAUGUUCUCUCAUCAAUGCAUAAAAGUGGUUUCCAAAGAAGAAGAUCGAUCUCUUCAACAAAUCAUGUUUUCAUUUAUGUUCUUGGCCUUUCCAUCGUCGAUCUUCUUGUCAUUCUUCACCUUCCACUUUUGGUCAUCGAUAUGCUGAAAGGUGGUUGGCUCUUUGGGAGUGUUCUUUGCAAAUUAUAUUGGUUUGGUGAGUCGGUCAACAAAUUAUUGUCUUCGUUUUUGAUGACCGUUCUCUCGUGGGAUCGUUAUAUGGCCGUUUGUUCGCCGGUGAAAUCGAUGAGAAUGCGUUCUCCGGCAAUGGCUCUUUUCGUUCUCAUUCUUUGCUCAAUUGUUGGAGUGGUCCUUCUCUUGCCUGUCCUUAUCAAAUCCGAUGUUGUUUAUUAUGAUGUUGUACACAAAACGGUUCUUGAUUGGAUUCCUGAAGAAAUUGAUGCGGAAACAGUACAAGCAAAAUGUGCAUAUGAACCAGAUUUCGUCUUUAUCAUUUACACAUUUCUUUUCGGUUUUGCCAUUCCUGCCGUGUUUAUUACUGGAUUUUAUGGAGCGGUGAUCAUGUCCCUUCAACGAAACACGAGUCUCGUUCGAAAAACAAGCCUUCGCUCGCGUGAGAAUGGAAUGAGCAAACAGCAUGAACAUUCAGUGAAUCGAGUCAAGCAGGUCACAAAACGCAUCAUAGCCGUGAUUCUUUUCUAUUUCUUUUGCUGGACUCCCCAAUGGACUCUCAAUCUUUUAUUGGUCUCCAAUCUUGUCACAGCUUCUCUUGGAACGCCUGUUAUGACUGCAAUUUUCUUCGGAGCUCAUCUACUUGUUUGUUUCAAUUCGGCUGCAAAUCCUGUUCUUUAUGCAUUAAUCAAUCGAGAACUCCGAGCACAGCACUCAUUGGCUAUGAAUCGAAAGCGACAAUCAAUCGGCAAUGCGACGCAGAAUGCUCUCGAUUUUGUGACAAAGCACACGCAAAAACUCUCAGCCACUCAUCGUCCAUCACUUUUCUCACUUCAAGAUUUGGUGGAAGAGAAGAUCUCUCCUCAAAUCAAUCAUUCAAUUUGCACUCCACCCCGUACUUCAUCUAUCGGUUUCAAUCAAAUCAGUCAACAUAUCGAUUCACUUCGACAUUCUUUCGUCGGCUUCAAAUUUGCUGUUUUUGGGCACAGUAAAACGAAUUCCUCUGGUAACAUCACAAUGAAUGGAGAAUCGACAAAGACGAUUACGCGCUACGCCUCCGAGAGUGUCCUCUCAUCGCUGGGACGUGGCGGCGAAACUGAAGUCAAAUUGGAAACCGGGGAUUCUUUUUUG